UUGUCGAUCGUCUGUCUACGUACUUGCUCACUGACACCCUCAAGGUUGGGCGACAUCCAAAUCAACAUUUCGUAUCCGGAUGCCUUCACCGGCUUACUGACACACAUCGUUUCUGAGCCGUGGGCGUGAGUGCCAGUCGUACGAUAUGGCGCAGGCUCGUGGCGAAGGCUUCUCUCCGUGACGACAUGUCCCUUUGCACGGGUUGAGGCCGAGACAGCCGGGGCUGACCUCAGUCAUCAUCAUCAUCACUGAUCAGUCACGGAACUGCGCGGAAGCUUGCAGUUACGUAGGCUAGCCUUGUCUCGGCCACCAGGCAACCCACCUGGACAGUCUGUUCAGCCCAAGGCAAAAAUAGACGAACGAGCUGUCUGAGAUGGUCCAUCCGGCUUCACCGUCAACGCCCUCUUCUGGCGGCUGCUUUCCUUGGACCCAUGGAAUCCGGGGCCGCUGAGCCCGGCAGGUGAGGAAACGACUCGGAGCAUGAUGCAGCCCUUCGUAUUGUGGAUUCCGCUCGUACGUGGAGGUCGGCAACUUCCUCUUUCCUAUUCUGGCAACUGUGUGGUAUCGCCCUUGGCAGGUGCUGCAUGCAGGCGGUCUGCAUAUAAAUGCAGCAUUCGCCUCUUCUCCCCGCCAAGGGCUUUCUUUCAGUCCCGUCCCACUCGUUGCAGUGUCGAUCAUCUUAGGAUCAACUGAACAUAUCUACUCACCCUUAUUAAUCUUUAAUUGCUACCCACUCUGUCAGCCCAGUCUUUGACCUCUACCUUCUCCCUUCUCUCACUCACACUUACCGUCAAUUCAUAUCGUCGAAAUUUGACGUCAUGAAGUGCAUUCUCUCUGCCCUCCUCGCCUUGACGCUGUCAGUUGUGUCGGCGCAGGACUACAACACCUCCGCGCCCUUCACCCUGAAGCUCGAGAGCGACAAUGAGGACAUAAACGGUCAAUAUCUCGGCGCCUGCCACGCCGGCGCCGCCAUCGAGCAGCUCUGCCUGUCCGGCACGGACGGCACCCCGGUCAACUACAACACCUUUAACCUCAACGUCACCUCGAGCAGCACCGAUUUCGAGAUCGGGCCGCUCGUCUGGCUCCUCCAGGGCUCCGGCUUCAACGUGAGCUCCGGACUGACCUUCACCCAGAAUCUCCACAGCAACGUCGCCGUCCCCACGUUCACGCCCUCCUACAGCUAUGACUAUGUCGGCUUCGACGCCGACAACAAGCUCUUCAUCUACUCCGCCACCUACGACGAGUCCGCCUUCGUGGCUGGCGAGUACCCUACGGGCCAACUUACGACACCCGAGUACCAGUGGUACGCGUGCUACACGUACACUGGAUACUACUAUCACGCUCUUGCCUGGGUCACCACGGGAGAGCCGAUCAACCCUACGUGUGAGGCGGUCAACGUGACCCGCACUUUUGUCUAAGACAGCAAGCGAGCCGCGUUAUUGAGGCUGCACUUGUGGGCCCCUAGUUCGUGCUGAGCGGUGUGCUGGGUUGAAGGAUACUUCGUCAACGCCUCGGAGACGCGGAGGAAUGAACUUUUUAAUGCUAGUAAUGACUUCGAGUAGACGUAAAUAGUAAUCACGAUGGGCAUUGAUUUGUGGUAUUUUGGCUGGGACUAGUUUUCCGCAGUCAGCCUGCGGUCUCGCACAUCUGCCCCUGCCGUGUCACCCACGCGCAAAAUGCCAGGGCCUUGACGCCAUGAUUUGCCUCUUUUUUCUUCUUUUUCUCCGGCCGCAUGAUUGUCUCAUGCUGACACAACCAGCAGUAUUACCACGGAGGACGCCACAUACCAUACUCUGUCCCAUCUGGUUCCAGGGAUGUCAUGCUAGCAGCAGUGGGCUCUGGGUGCGUCACUUCCGUCCAAAAGUGCCUGAUUAUAAGAGUCUUACCGGGAACGAGACCACAGGAAUGAGAAGUGUGCAAGGUAACAUGGAAAUAUUCACAGUCUCUACAAAACACCAAGCUAUCCUAGGGUACUCAUGCGUCAUUAAUCACUCUUCUCUUUUGUACAGCACUAAUGAACUUCCUCUCUAUUACCUAUUGUUGUGACUUGUGUCGAAACUCAAAUCAAUCGAGCAAGCUCGAGCGCAUCUAUAUAUGAUCUAGGUAGACAGACAUAGUAGGCUAGCACACAGCUCCGCUGCUUCGAUUUCGAGGUACACUCUCUAUGGUAGUAACAAGACAGUCAUACAAAUGAUUUAUGCCACUGACAUUAUGACAGUGUCAUGAGGUUUCAGCUGGGACAAUAAGGUAAUUCUAGCAGCCAAAUAAAUUGAUGAAAUCCCCCGCGUUUUUUAUUCAAAACGAGAUUUAAAGUCCGGUAUGCACCGUCAUCUAGAUUGGAAUGAUGCAUGUAUCUAGCCGUGAAGUCCGGAAGCGGUUGCUCAGAAAUCAUUUCACUUUCUC